CCACAAGCGGCCCAGGAGCCCGCGCGAGCCCCUGGCCGGCGGCGGGGAGCGGGAGCGGCACGAGCGGAAGAGGAAGAAGCGGGAGGUGCAGCAGAUCCAGCAAAUCCAGCACCUGGAGUCCUUUGACAUUUUGAAGAAAGCGUGGGACCUGUAGUUUGGCAGCAAAGCAUGAUCAGCAGGAUCCCUUUGGAGUGAAUGAAAAAAUGUACAAUCUAUGAGAAACCUCCUCCAGGGCUAAUUAAGGAAGAUGAAACUAAGCCAGAAGACUGCAUACCUGAUGUACCAGGCAAUGAACAUGCCCGAGAAUUCCUGGCUCAUGCCCCAACUAAAGGACUCUGGAUGCCAUUAGGAAAAGAAGUCAAAGUUAUGCAGUGUUGGAGAUGUAAACGUUAUGGACACAGAACAGGAGAUAAAGAAUGCCCAUUCUUUAUUAAAGGCAAUCAGAAAUUGGAACAAUUCAGAGUAGCACAUGAAGACCCUAUGUAUGAUGUAAUAAGGGAAAAUAAACGUCAUGAAAAGGAAAUGAGGAUACAGCAAUUGAAGCAACUGCUGGAAGACUCUACUUCAGCUGAAGAUGGAAGUAGUGGCAGCUCCAGUUCCUCAGAAUGUAAAGAAAAACACAAGAAGAAGAAAAAGAAGGAGAAAAAGAAAAAGGAAAAAAAGAAGAAAAAGAAAAGAAAGCACAAAUCUUCUAAAUCAAAUGAAAGUGCUGCAGUGGAGAUACAAGAAUUGUCAUCAGAGCAUCCAGUUGCUUGCUUGUUUGCAGCAUGGUUGAGGGAAGGACCAUCAGGAAUACAUAAAUGCAUUGCAGAAACUGAAGGCAGCAGGCUGGAAACAUGGGCUGUUUUUGGCACUAGCAGGGAAAUACAGGAGGCAGUUUGGAAUGUGCAAAUUGACAGAGAAUGCUCCUCCUAAAAAGAUCAGGAGUGCUCCAGGCCUCCCUCUUCCCACCUCCAUUCUGGAGCAUGCCGCAUUCCUCCUCCUUCCUUCCCACAGCAAAGUCCUAAGCGCUGCCAAGCAGCUGUUUGGCGGUGGGGGGGGGGGGGGGGGGAGAAGCACUAGGGGGGAGGGGGAUGAGGCGGCGAAGAGGAACCUGUGCAAUGCUUCCAUAGAAAAUAGCUGUUCUUCCACAAAAAUCUUACCAGCAAUGGACAGAGCAGGCAGUCAAAUGAUGUUAUAAAGGAGCACUGCACAACUUUAAAACAAGCAUGUUCCCUAAUUGAGCAGCGACAUAACUUUGAAACAACGUUAAGCAGGAGGACGUUAAGUGAGGAGUUCCUGUAAUCCAAGAGGGGAAGGGGAGAACAAAACAAAACCAAAAAGCCACCACACCAGUAAGCUUAGAGUUUCUGCUAGAACACAUCUAGUGUUCGUGGCAUGUAAUAGUACGCUAACCUUUGUGUGCACUGGGUUUAGGAAUUUCCCACACUUCAAUGUCUUCUGCCUCACAUCUUGUAUCUCUACGUUUGUAAGGGGGUUUGCCUAUCUUUUUCCUUUUUGGUUUAUCCAAAAGCAGAUUACCUGAAUGACCAAAUAAAAGUAGUAUUACUUUUUGUCAAACAAUUUAGAAUAUUUAGUUUUCACUUAAAAACAGGCUCACUUAAGUUCAUAGUAUUUAUGAACUUUUACUCUUUUUACUGAAGCAAGGAUUCUCUCUCUUCCCCACAUAUUCUUCUGCCACACUGUACAAUUAGCGUGGAUCAACAGCUAUAGCCAACAUUCUCUAAAAAGCAGUAUUUGCAUAGGCUAACAUGAGGUUUAGCUGUAGAGUUCACUUGUCGAGAGUAAUAAACUGCUGCUGAGGGUGCACAGAAGAGUUAUGUCUAGCUAGGACAGGGUUAGAGUGUAUCUAACUAUGUAGCAAUACAUUGUCCUAGUAAAGUGCAUUGAUACAAGGCAUUUCUUGCCACAUUAAGAUAUACUGCUGUAGCUUUAAAAUAAAAAAAAAUAAAAUAAAAUAAAAAAAAAGAAUUUUGUCCACCACAACCACCCCAACUCUCUAUAUAUGCAGACUCCUCCUUCAGAGCAGCCAGAUUUAUAGAUUAUCUGAGCCACAUCACAGAGUGGCAAGAACACAACCAAACAUGUAUUUCCUUCAAAGCAAUAGUUAAAGAUCCCACCAAAAUAGCAAAGUAUUCUGCUGAAAACAGUUUAUUUGAAUAUUUAAGGGAAGAGGAUCUGAGGUGUGACAAGAAAUCAGCUGUACCUUGUUGUUUGCUUUUGGUUGGGGGUGAUAGGCUACCGUGAAUCAGGCUGGCAAAUUUGGGUUUAGCGCCACUUCUAAUCCAGUACUCAUCAGCUGUCAUCCCCCUGUUUUCCUUUAGUAACCUUACUAAUUAAAACAUAGUAAAACAUUUGAAUAAUAUCAAUAAGUAUCUACUGUAAGCAACAUUACCAUACUGACUUUACAGUUGACCUACAAUACAGAGGCAAAAUGAGUAGUUCACUGAGGCCAGUAUUUGAAGAUGCUUCUUUUU